AUGGAGAUAAUCAAGUCAGGAUCUUACCCUUACAGCCCCAAGUGCAUUGCUGUGUUCAACCUGGCCUUCACAGACGUGUGUGGGAGCACUGCCAUGGUCCCCAAGCUCCUGGAUACGUUCCUGUUCAGCAGACAGCUCAUCUCCUACAACCAGUGCCUCGCUAGCCUCUUCUUCAUCUUCCUCUUCCUCAACAUGCAGUCCUUCAACCUCAUCAUCCUCUCCUACGACAGACUGGUGGCCAUCUGCUGCCCACUCAGGUACCAUAUGAUAGUGACUCACAGGUCCAUGUUCCAGCUGACGGGUGCUGCCUGGGCGUUUGCUGUGUUCCUGGUGUUUCUGGCUGUGUUCUUCAUCACCCGACUCUCCUUCUGCCGGUCUCUGGUGAUCAACAGCUACUUCUGUGACCACGGUCCCCUGUUCCGUCUGGCGGCCCCCUGUUCUGAUGUGGUCCCUAACAUAGUAAUAUCUUAUCUCAACCCCUGUUUAAUGCUCUAUUUCCCCAUGGUCUUCAUCAUAUCAUCAUACAUCUGUAUCACACACGCCCUGGUCACCAUCACACUGCCCCAGGACAGGUGA